GCCGGAUGUACCGGCCGCGCGGGGCUCCGCCGCCUCUAUAAGCGGCUCCGCAGGGCGGGCGUGGGAGCCGCUGUGUGUCCCGUCUGGUCCCGUCCCGCUCCGCCCGCCUCGCCGGGAGCAUGUACCAGAGCCCUGCGCGCUGCCUCUGCUCGGCGCUGCCCGCCCUCUGCUGCGCCCCUGCCUCCGCCUCCCUCCUGCCCUCGUCGCGGCCGCGCGCCUCCCCACCGGUUCUCGACCCCGCCGCCCCGCGGGCAGCAGCAGCGGCGGGUGGGCCGCCCGCCCCGGGGCCCUCGCCCCGCACAGUGUGUUCCAUGGGAAACAGCACCAGUCGGCUCUACAGUGCGCUCGCCAAGACGCUGAGCAGCAGUGCCGUGUCCCAGCACCAGGACUGCCUGGAGCAGCCAGACUCAGCACGGCUGGAUCCUAUAGACCCCAAGGAUUUGUUGGAGGAAUGUCAGAUUGUUCUGCAGAAACGGCCACCCCGGUUUCAGAGGAACUUUGUGGACCUGAAGAAAAACACUGCCAGUAACCACCGCCCUAUUCGGGUCAUGCAGUGGAACAUCCUUGCCCAAGCUCUCGGAGAAGGCAAAGACAACUUUGUUCAGUGCCCUAUGGAAGCUCUGAAAUGGGAAGAGAGGAAGUGCCUCAUCCUGGAGGAAAUCCUUGCGUACAAGCCUGACAUCUUGUGCCUGCAAGAAGUCGACCACUACUUUGAUACCUUUGAGCCGCUCCUCAGCCGACUCGGCUACCAGUGUACUUUCUUCCCGAAGCCGUGGUCCCCGUGCCUAGAUGUGGAGCAGAACAACGGGCCGGAUGGCUGCGCCCUGUUUUUCCUCAAAGACCGCUUUGAGCUCAUCAACAGCGCCAACAUCCGUCUCACCGCCAUGAAGCUGAAGACCAACCAAGUGGCCAUAGCUCAGACGCUGAAGUGCAAUGAAACUGGAAGACUGUUCUGCAUUGCUGUCACUCACCUGAAAGCCCGCACCGGCUGGGAGAGGUUUCGGUCCGCACAAGGCUGCGAUCUCCUCCAGAACCUGAAGAGUAUUACCCAGGGUGCAAAGAUCCCUCUGAUCAUCUGUGGAGACUUCAAUGCGGAGCCAACUGAGGAGGUCUACAGAGAAUUUUCCAACUCCAGCCUCAACUUGAACAGCGCAUACAAGCUGCUGAGCCCUGACGGGCAGUCGGAGCCCCCAUACACCACCUGGAAGAUCCGGCCCUCGGGAGAGUGCCGGCACACGCUGGAUUAUAUCUGGUAUUCCCAGCACGCCUUGAAUGUGAACUCAGCCCUGGGCUUGCUGACUGAAGAGCAGAUUGGGCCCAACAGGCUGCCAUCGUUCAAUUACCCUUCCGAUCACCUCUCUCUGGUGUGUGACUUUAGUUUUAAUCAAGACCCCGACAGACUGCUGUAAUGCGUUGGAAUGCCACCUGGUAUUGCAGUGUCUUAACUCACUAUUUUAUUUUAGAGAAAACUUUUGAAGCUGGAAGCUGUUGAAGGAUGAGGAAAUACUGUUGACUAAACGUUAUUAUGGGCACUUGUUUGCAGUUGCACUUGCCAUUCAGCACUUGUUCAUCUGGAGCCUCUGAGGGAGGAAGAAAGGAGUGGGUGUUCUCGUCGCGGUGUUCCUGCCCUGUCAGGGUUUGACAACCAGAAGGCAAAUGAGCUUUGUCCUUUCACCAACCCCCAUGCGUAAGGAUUUAAUCCUCUAAUGAAUGCGGAGGCCUUAGUAUUUAAAUCAAAACACUUGUGUUUGUAAAACAACCUGCCCUGACAGCAUGCUGACUUAAUUUAUUUCAUGUUAAGCUUGUGCAAGUACUGAAGGGAACGAGGCUCGACUACCCG